GACGGGCUAUAAUUAAUGUUCGCUUCAGAGUGUGAGAAGUUUUUGGCAAAAUUACACAACCUCCCAGCAACUGCCACUCAAGAGUUAUCAGUUUUAGGAGUAAUUAACGAGGCAUUUGCGUGUCCAUCUGCCCAUGUACGCUCUGGAUGUCUUGAUGUUCUAGCUGGAUGGAACAGUCCACAAAUUUGUCUUAAUGCAGGUUCAGCUGGUGAAGUUGUUUUAUGGCAUACUGGGGAUGGUGACCCUAGAGUACGUGAUCGUGCUUUUCAUUGUCUUCUAACAUGGUUAUGCACACUCAACGCCGUUCUAAAAUCGAAUGAGUUUAAUCGUUCUGGAAAAGCAAAGUAUAUCAACAACCAUAAGGAAACUGGGUGGUUUGAAACGAAUCUAGAGUCUGUUUACUCAGCUGCUUGCCAAGGGCUACUAGAUAGUGAAGAGUUGGUUCGUCGAACUAGUUUACAUGUUCUUGGCAAAUUGAGUACCAUUUGGCCACAUCAUAAUAUAACAGAUGCGCCUGUUUUCAACUUGAAUUCAUUAAUAUCAUCAAAACGAUGUUUGGAUUCGGAUUUGGACGAAAUUCAAUUGGUUGAUGAUGCUUUUAUUCGUGUAUGUUGUCGAUUGCAAGAUCCUAGUCGAAGUGUUCGACAAUUGGCUGCUCAAAUAAUGGCUGAUUUAGCUAAAUUUGUUACAGAAAAUUGUUUAUUACAAACAUUAGAGAAAACAGUUAUGACUGAUCGGCAAGUACGUCGAUAUAUGAUGGAAAAUGAUGUUAAAUCAAAGAAUAAAAGCAAGAAUAAAAAUAGUAAUACUACUAAUAAUAAUAAUCCACAUUCCACAAUGGAUAAUCGUACCCAAGCGACGAAACAUGUCAAUUCAGAUUCGAUUAAUUUAAUAUCGACUGGUUGUAAUGGAGCGAUUAUUAGUGGAUUAGAAGAUGAUUACUUUGAAAUACGAUGUACUACACUGGCUACAUUGACACAUAUUGCAUCGUUGAAUACCCGAUUUGCAUUAAAUUGUCAAGAUCUUUUAGUUGAUAUGUUAACUGAUGAUAUACAAGAUGUACGAUUGGCAGCUGUUCGUGCAUUAAGUGUUGUUGGUGAUAAGGUUCCGGUAAAAAGUGAACAAGUCGCCAUUAUUACAUCCGCUUUGGCUGAAGGAUCUGGUCGUAUUCGACGUAGACUGCAUCAUUUAUUAUCCCAGUGUCGUUUAGCAUCCGCUCCAUGUUUAAUUAGUCUACUGGAUGGCCUGUUACAAAAUCUACGACGAUAUCCAGAAGACAGAGAUAAUUUAUGGAGAUGUGCUGCUUCUGUUGGCAAAAAUCAUCCAAUCUUUGUGGAAAUGUGUUUAUCCAGUCUACUAAGAACACAUUCAUGGUUAAAUGGCCCGGAACCAAUUAAAGAAGAUCCAGCUUAUCUAACUGUUUUAUUACUUGUAUUCAAUGCUGAACCUAAUGUACCGGGUAUGUUGGCUAAAUUUCCUCGACAUGUCACUUCAACUAAGAUUUAUCUACAAGAAUUGCUUCCAUCUUUAUUGCCUAAAACUGCGGUCAGUGAUGAGUUUCAAAGCAUUUCUCCAUGGGAUUUACCGAAUAAAAAAUUAUGCAUGAAUAUUGACACUGCAUUGAAUAAGUACAUCACAUCAUCUUCAUCAUUGAGUAUGGAACAUGGUAGUUUGUAUCAAUUUAUUGCCGCAACAAUUUAUCGUAUUUGUAAACUAUUCACAAUGAUACAUCAUGAAUUAUUAUCGUAUAGUAUUAGUAGUUAUGAGACUGCAAUAAUAAAACAAAAUCAUUUGGAUACGAAAAGCAAUUCGAUCAAUUUAAGACUGCCAUCGUAUAAAUAUCAAUCACAUCGUUAUACAUUAUUAUCCCAUCUUAUUUAUCAUGAUUUAAUUCAUUGUAUUAAAAAAUUAAAUUCUAAUGAACAAUUAAAAAAUUUAUUAUAUUGGUUACAUUUAAUUACAAUGAUUGGUUGGUAUUUAUUGUCGGCACAUUUCAUGCAUCAAUUUCAUUCUUUGUCGUCGCCGCCGACGUCGACAGUUGCCGAUGUUCAUUCACCAUGGACUAAUCAUGUUGAACAGAAUAGAACAUCCACAACACCAACAACAACGACAACUACGCAUCAUUCAAUUAUUGAUGAACGUAUUGUAAAAUUAUUAAGUAAAGCAUUACGUAAUUCACUGAAAAUCAAUCAUUUAUUCUCUGGUAAAACAAAUUCUGAAUCUAGAUAUACAUUGGAAUUAUGUUCAAAUAUAUUUAACUUGGUAAAUUUAUUCAAUAAUCAUCAUCAUCAAUUCAAUGUCCAAUAUUUAUUGAAUGCUUUACAAUCAAUUAUCAAUUUAUUAUCGAAUUCAAAUUCCAAUCAACAAAAUGGAAAAGCUACAUUCUCAUCUCAUUCAACAUUAACUUCCUCCUCAUUGUCAACUCAUCAUCCUACUGCGAGUGUUAUUUUAAACAACAACAGAAAACGUUCAUUCCCAACAGAAUUGAACAUUGAUCACGGUGAUGAUGCUGAUGAUGAUGAUGCUGAUGAGUAUGUGCGAAUGAUUGACUAUUUAAUAGAUUUAUCAAAACGUUUAAUACCAGUGUACGCUGUCUUAUUACAACCGGCCAAUAAUACUAAUAAUCCUGCUAGUCAGAUGGAUACACGAUCAAUAAUUUCAUUGAACAACUACUACCACCACCCAUCGAAUGAUCAUCUUAUGAUGAAGGUCAAUGACAAUGAUCUGUCAACAUCAUCAUCAUCAAAUCAGAUUAAUGGAAAUAUUGUGAUACCAGAGAUUCGUUUCACAGCGAUUAUUGCAUCGGCUAUGAUACGUAUUCGAGCGAUAAUUGUUGGUUUGAAUAUUGAAGCGGCACGGUAG